CUCACCUUCCGAUCAUUCUUCUUCGCAAGACUCGCCCAAAAAGCAAACCCAGGCUCCCACAUUUGCCAGCUUGAAAUCAGCAAAUGGAAAUAUCCCGACAUUCCCAAUCAUGUACCCAGCUCUUGUUCCUGGGUUGUUCCCUCCACACCAGGACCAAGAACAGAUCAAUCGUGGGCCCGGCCUAUAUGCUGUUCCAGUUCUUCCGUAUAUGCAACCUAUCGCUGGGUUACCUCCCAAUACUCUUAUCCCUUUUACCUACAACAUACCUACCGAGCAUAGCUCUGCACAGGUCAGAGGGGUCGGAGGUGAGCAUGGACAACCAGGGGAGCAACCACAACAGCAACCUGAAGCUGGACCUCAGAGACAAGUUGUUGUUCGGAGGUUUCAGAUUGCCAUACAGCUUGAUUUACUGCUUAUCUUGAAGCUGGCAGCGGUUAUUUUCUUGUUUAACCAAGACGGAUCUAGACAGAGGCUUACUCUGCUUGUGUUUUUUGCUUCACUUGUUUACCUAUACCAAACUGGAGCUCUUGCACCCGUGAUUCGAUGGCUUUCACAAGGAAUGCGAAGGGCAGCUGCGCCACCUCAACCACCGAGGCCUCCUGUUAGGGCGGACAAUUUACCUGUUGCUGGGGGACAAGGAAAUGAAAAUGGUGGUUUAGCAGAGGGGCAACCAAUAGGUGAGAAUGAGAAUCAGCAAGUCAACGAUGGAAAUAGGGCUAUUGAGAAUGAGCAUGCAGCAGGCGAACCUGGGCAGGUCGAGGUUGGCAACCGCUGGUGGGGAAUUGUAAAGGAGAUCCAAAUGAUCGUCUUCGGUUUCAUUACUUCUCUUCUCCCAGGCUUUCACAACAUAGAUUAGACUGUAAAUAAAAGUUAAACCAUCUUGGCAACUGAAUCUGACAGGGCAGAGGCAGGACACGGAUGCUUGGAAGAUUAGUAACUUCCCUAGAAAAAUUGCAUGGAUAUGAUUUUACACAUUUUUAUGAUAUCGAUCUUAGUGCACAGGAUUUUGUAUUCUAAGUUUUUGACACAAGUGGUAUUACAUUUAACUACUGCUGUUUUGGCAACAGUAGAUAAGAAAAGUUGGCUGGUAGUUUGGCAAAAUUUACGUUGUGAAGCCUAGCUUUUUA